AAUGCUCCGGUAUCGUCGGGAUUUAAGAGGCCUCCCACUUCACCAGUGGCUGUGACACACCAGCGAGGCGGUGAGCCUCGUUUCGAUUGGCCGUCGCGGCUGCCAGUCAUUUCGCUGCCUGCCGCUUUGGCUCCAGAGUCUGGGAGAUGUCAAAGGCUGAAGCUGCUCCCUUAGCCACAUUAUAACUAGUAGGGGGGAUCUCUGGUAAGCAAUGGCCACAGCUGCUUCGAAUCCCUACAGCAUUCUCACCUCGACUUCCAUGGUCCAUCCGGACGCCUCGGUCAUGCAACAAGGGGGGAGCCCUUUCCGAAACCACCAGAAACUGCUCCAAAGCGACUACCUGCAGGGCGUGCAGAGUAAUGGACACCCGAUCGGGCACCAGUGGGUGAGCAACUUAGCCGAGGGCAGCCCUUGGUCGGCGUCUCUCGAGCAGCAGGACGUAAAGCCGGGACGGGAAGACCUUCAGCUCGGGGCGAUCAUCCAUCACCGCUCGACGGCGCAUGUGGCGCACCAUUCGCCGCACACGAAUCAUCAUGCGGGCGCAUGGGGCACGCCCGCGUCUCACAACUCGUCAUCCAUCAACAUCUACUCCCAGACGGGUUUCUCUGUGAACGGCAUGCACGGCGGUUUAACGCCGCCGCCACCGAGUUCUGCUCCGACCCAGAGUUUGCAUCCCGGACUACGCGAGACGCCCGAGCCCGGCGAUCUGGGAGCGCACCACUGCCACGACCACUCGGAUGAGGAGACGCCGACAUCCGACGAGCUCGAGCAGUUCGCCAAACAGUUCAAACAGCGCCGGAUCAAACUCGGCUUCACGCAGGCCGACGUCGGGCUGGCACUCGGCACGCUUUACGGCAACGUGUUCUCGCAGACCACAAUCUGUCGCUUCGAAGCGCUGCAGCUCAGCUUUAAAAACAUGUGCAAGCUCAAACCGCUGCUGAACAAGUGGCUCGAGGAGGCUGACUCGUCCACGGGCAGCCCGAGUAGCAUCGAUAAGAUCGCUGCGCAGGGCAGGAAGCGCAAGAAACGGACAUCGAUCGAGGUGAGCGUCAAGGGUGUUCUCGAAACCCAUUUCUUGAAGUGCCCCAAACCAGCGGCGCAGGAGAUCUCAUCUCUAGCGGACAGCCUGCAGCUGGAGAAGGAGGUGGUGCGCGUUUGGUUUUGCAACCGACGGCAAAAGGAGAAGCGCAUGACGCCGCCAGGAGAGCAGCAAGGACACGAGGUUUACUCUCACACCGUCAACACGGACAGCUCCUCUUGCCGUGAUCUCUGACCAAGAGCGCUCUCGUUCAUCUUUUAUUUUGUAUUUUAUUUUUUAUUUUAUGUGAUUUUUUUAAGGCUCCCUGAGCCUGAAAAACAAUACGCGAGAUCUUGUCCUUCAGUUUUUGACUCUCUUUCCCACGAGAUGGGCAUUAAUGCGCCAAAAAACAAAAAAAAACAAACAAAAAAAAAAACAAACAAACAAAAAACGUUUAUUUGAAUCGCAAAUGGACGUUCUUUACCAAAAUGUUCUUUUUUUGUAUCACAGCAAGAAUAUGAAAAUAUUGUGCCUAUUAAAAAGACCUCCCAGCGCCUUGGUUUAAGAAGAAGAAAAAAAAAGCCUAACAAUUAUACAUCAGGUUGAGUAAUUUUUGGCCAUUUUAUUUUUACGCAUAAUGUUUUUUUUUAUUUCUUUCUUUCUUUUCUUUUUUUUUGGUCAAGUUGCCUAGCUUUCCAUGCGCUAGUGUUUACUUUGCACAUUUCUCUAAUAAGACGACAGACUGCCGUGAUUGUUCAGCUGUCUGAUGUCUUUCAUCUCAAAGCAUUCGAUCAACUUUGGCUUGGUUUUCAGUCGUGCCAUUUCUCUGCACUCAUGUCACCAUCGUGUAUUUUUUUUAUUUUAUUAUUAUUAUUAUUAUUUUUUAUUUCCAUGCGACAUUCCAAGGCAAAGAAAGAAAUACAGCACAAGCAGACAAAAGUUCCAGUUUGAAGGCUGUGUUGGUUUGUUUUGAAGUCAUCCAUCAUUGACCACAUUACUGUGUACCGAACACUAAAAAACCGAACAGAAAGCUACGUUGCCAGCGCGAGCGUUGCGCUCCACUUAUAUUAUUUUAUUCUACACGUUUAGUAUCUAAAAGUUUUUUAUAAUCUUAAAUACUCCUGUUAUUGCUUCGUUUCCUAAAUAUUUUUUCCAAUACUGUACAGUUUUGUAUAUUACAAACUUUUUGAAUUUAUUAAUUUAAACGAAAUGCCGUUUAGUUACCCAUGCACUUAGUGAUGUAAAAAAGGAAAAGAAAAAGAACACACACACACACACACACACACACACACACACACA